CGUGUAUGAUAACCUCUCUGCCGGGUCUUUCGAGAAAAUUCUAACGUGAUCUAGUUUUGCAACACGUUUUAAAUCAGUUUUAAAAACUUGUUUAGUAAAACUACACAAAAAUGUCUGGAGCAGCUAAGAAAUUGAUUCCCCUUUUCGAUAGAAUUCUAAUUAAAAAAUUCGAAGCUAUUACGAAAACGAAAGGAGGAAUUGUACUUCCAGAACAAGCACAAGAUAAAGUAUUGCAGGGCACAGUGGUUGCAGUAGGCCAGGGUGCAAGAUUACAAGAUGGAUCAUAUGCUGCUCCACAAGUUAAAGUAGGUGAUAAAGUACUCCUUCCCGAAUAUGGUGGAACCAAAGUAAAAGUUGAAGAUAGUGCAGAAUACCAAAUAUUCCGAGAAUCAGACAUUUUAGCCAAAGUAGAAUAAACUAGACUUCUAUUUUAUAUUGUAAAAUAGGUUGCAUUUCCUUGUUAAAAUACAGAGUCUGAACUUGUAGGUGUAUGUAUAAAUGAUCUGGUUCUUACAUAGUUUCCAACAUUUGAGGAUAAUUUUCAACAAAUUGUUCAUUAUAUUAAUGUUGAAAGGUUUUCCUAGUUGAUUGUAGUCAAGUAUGUACUGUUUUAAUUUUGUUACAAAUAUAUUUCUAUAAAAAUA